AUGGCUCCAGCGCCAGUGCUCGAUAUGAUUUCGCAGACGAUCAGCCCUGGCUACCGAUUGGCUACGUUUGAUAUUUGCGAUGGGGAAAGACAUUUUGCCUGUACCGUUCCUCUGCGAGCGCGAACAUGCCCGCCCUUACUCAACGCCAUCUAUACUGCAUCCGCUCGACACCUCAGCCGCAUCAAGAAGUAUUAUAAAGGCAACCAAAUCCACUACGGAGGCAAAGUACUCCCAGACCUAACACCAGAAACUGCAAUCCACUAUCACAACAAAUGUAUCGCUCACUUUGUCUCCCUAUCGGAUCACUCCCGCGAAGCCCGGGAUGAGAAUCUGCUAGUAGCCGCUGUGAUCCUCCGCUUCUAUGAAGAAGUCGACCUCGGAACCAUGGGCGAAGAUAACGAAAGUGCCCUCCGUGGAAUCCAAAUUUUCUUAGAUGCGCAAGCAAUCUCCGCUGUAGAUGGCUGCGGCCUCCGUCACGCCGCAUACUGGAUCGCCUUAAGACAAGAGAUCAUAACCGCAUUCAGCAAACAGCGUGCCUUCCGCCUUCCCCUUGGUCCUUGCGAGCCGUACCGCUCCUUUGAGCCCGCCGAUGAUUACGUCUGGGCCGACCGUCUCGUCAUCCACUGUGCCGAUGUUCUCCAGUACUGCUUCGGGUCAGAAGAGGAGCAUGUGCAGGAGAAAUACCCUUCUUCCUCCUCUUCCAGCCUCAGCAUCAUCCAUGGCAUGUCCACUCCGGCCCAACGCAUUGCACGAUACGAGGAACUGGUCGCGUUCGAGACACUGUGGGCCAAGCUGGGCCCGGCGAGUUUCAAACCGAUCUACAGUCGUGAACCGGACCGGUCGCACGGCGAGGUCUUCCCCGAGCUGUGGUACCUGAACAACUGCCACGUCGCGGGUCUGCAGUAUCUAGAGCUCGCCCGGAUCCUACUGACGGUAUACAAUCCCAAGCUCCCGCGAUUGGGGCCCGGCCAGCGCCCGGCGAUGCGAUCGGUGGAUCUCCAAGUGCGAGCGAUCGUGCUGCGAUUGUGUGGAAUUGCGCUGUCAAACCAGCACAGUCCACCGGGGUUUGUCACUGCCUUUGUAGCGAUUGGAAUGUGUGGUGACCGGUUUACGGAUGCGAUGGAGCAGGAGGCGCUAUUGGGCGUGCUAGCAAAGCUGGAAGAUGAGCAUGCAUAUCCCACGGUCAGCGCACGGGAGCUAUUGAAGGAGGCGUGGGGGUGGGAUGGGUAA